AUUAAAUCCACUCCAAAGCAACAUUUAAUCAAACUUUGUUAUUGAUCAGUCAGUCGAAAUGUUUGCGAACACAGUGUGCGAACACAGCAAGAACGAGGAUUAAACGGUACAGGAGAAAGGUUUUAUCUUUCUAGCAUCAAAUUUAUGCCAACGAUUCAGAACGAGAUUGGAAGAUUAGACGAAAGGCGGAGAAGUAAAGAACGAGAGGUAGAAAAUCAUUGACCGGUCGAGACUUCAGGACAAUAAUGUACAUGCGAGUGAAACAAUGUAUAGGAAGCGGAGUGAUUAAGAAAUUGUACGUUCGAUCUUGUGCGACUGAUUCAAGUCAUGUUGAAGAAAUCGAACCGAAACCUUUUGAAGACAUUCCAGGACCGAGAUCUUUACCCAUUAUUGGCACGUUGUAUAAAUAUUUGCCUUUUAUCGGUGAAUACAGUUUCGUUAAAAUGCAUACGAAUGGUUUAUUGAAACUAAAGCGAUACGGACCUUUAGUGCGAGAAGAAAUAGUACCAGGUGAAUCAGUGGUAUGGGUGUUUCGACCGGAAGAUAUCGCGAAAAUUUUCAAAGCCGAAGCGGGUUUACAUCCCAAAAGAAGAUCUCACCUGGCACUUUUUAAGUAUAGAAAAGACAGAAGUAACAUCUACAACAGUGGAGGUCUUAUAGCCACAAAUGGCACUGAAUGGUGGAGAUUACGCCGUGAAUUUCAAAAGGUCCUUAGUAAACCACAAAAUGUCAUCGAUUAUUUGGAGGAUACUGAUCUCGUUGUUCAGGAAUUCGUACGGCUCUGUUCCCGUGAAAAAACCGAUGAUUUCUUGCCGUUAUUCUCGCGUCUUUUCCUUGAAUUGAUGUGUCUCGUUGUCUUUGACAUAAAAAUGGAGAGCUUAUCAAAAGAAGAAAGACAUGAAAAGUCCCGGAGUUCAAGACUUAUCAAUGCAGCAUUUACAACAAACAGCGCAAUUUUGAAACUAGACAACGGUCCAAUGCUUUGGCGAUUUUUCGAAACACCAUUGUACAAAAAAAUGCGCAAAGCCCAAAAUUAUAUGGAAGAAGUAGCGCUGGAAAUGGUUACUCAGAAAAAUCAGGACACAUCAAUUUGUCGAAAACAAUCGCUUCUCGAGCAGUAUUUGAAAAAUAAAACUUUAGAUAUCAAGGAUAUUGUGGGCAUGGCAUGUGACUUCUUGCUCGCUGGCGUGGAUACCACGACAUAUAGCACGGCAUUCGCUUUAUAUCAUCUAGCAAGAAAUACAGAUGUCCAAGAAAAGCUAAGAUCGGAAGCUACGGCUUUAUUAAUAAAUCGUACUUCUCCAAUAACAGCAGAGACUUUGAGAAACGCCAUAUACACUAAAGCUGUAAUAAAGGAAACUUUUCGCAUGAAUCCUAUCUCCGUAGGAAUAGGCCGUAUUCUGCAAACCGAUGUGAUUCUUAGCGGAUAUCGCGUUCCCCGAGGGACUGUCGUUGUCACGCAAAACCAAGUAAUUUGUCGACUUCCUGAAUAUUUUGACGAACCAAAUUCGUUCAUACCAGAAAGAUGGUUACGCGAUAGUAAUGGAACAGAUAAAAUUAUAAAAGAAAAAUCUAUAAAUCCAUAUAUAGUAUUGCCCUUUGGUCACGGUCCACGAUCGUGUAUCGCGAGACGAUUCGCGGAACAGAACUUGCAAGUCCUCUUACUUCGGAUAUGCAGAAAUCUGCGGUUUACAUGGUGUGGAGAAUCCCUCGGUUCACUAUCGUUAUUAAUAAAUUUACCUGAUAAGCCGAUUAAAAUAAAAUUCGAAGACUUAUGCACGUAGAAAAUCUAGAUAUUGGGAUUACAAUUAUACUCUCGAAGAUCUUUGUAUGAGAAACAAUAGUUUAUUA